CCUCCUCCCAAGGAUAUCUUGGAAGGGGGUCCUACCAGGUACAUCCGCACUCCGAGGCCUAGACGCAUCCGCGGGGAAAGAAUCAUCAUCGAUCUAGAUGCGAAUCGAUCUACUUUACCUAAUAAUCCCCGUUCCUUCCUCUUUUUGCGCUCCCUGGGGGAAGAAGGUCCCAAGACCUGUCGCAUGAGAAUGACAUGA